AUGCCGACCUUCUUCCAAUUCGCUGUGGUCCUCUUCGUGGCCCUGGGGUCCCUGACCUACGGGUACUGCAGCAGCAUCAUCGCCACCACGCUGGGGCAACCGACCUUCAUCACGUACUUCAAGCUCGAUGUCGUCUCCAACGCGGACAGCCUAAUCGGUGCCAUCAACGCGCUCUACCAGGUCGGGGGUCUCCUGGGCGCCCUCUCCUGCCUGUGGAUUCCCGAUAAACUGGGACGCAAACGAGCCCUUUUCCUCGGGGCGAUUUUCUGCGUCGUCGGGGGCGCGCUGCAAGCUGGGAGUGUCCAUGUCGCCAUGUUCAUGGUCUCGCGCUUUUUGGUCGGAUACGGAGUCGGAUCCCUGGUCGGACUCGUCCCGCUAUACCAGAGCGAGGUGGCCCCGACAAAGCUUCGUGGCUUGCUUGUCGGCAUGCACGGCGUCUUGAUCUGCAUCGGCUACGGCUCGGCCAGCUGGAUUGGUUUGGGCUUUUACUUCCUGCGCGGGACAAACAGUCAAUGGCGGUGGCCACUCGCGAUACAGUGUUUGCCGCCUUUGUUCCUCGCCAUCGGCGUCCUUUUUGUCCCCGAAUCACCACGAUGGCUGCUCAUCCAGGACCGCCAGUCCGAGGCCUUCCAAAAUUUCCGCAAGGUGCAGGAUUCCGGCGAGGGCCCGGAGCAUGAGAUGGCCAUCGAGCAGGAAUUUCGGCUCCUGGCGGCCCAGGUCGCGCACGAGAUGAAGCACGAAGUCCCCCUCAAAGACUUUUUCCUGGUCCCAUCACUGCGCAAGCGAUGUGUGGUUGGAUUCCUGACGCUGGCAGCCGCGCAGGGCACAGGAACCCUGGUGAUCAAUAACUACGGACCACUCCUCUACUCGAACCUGGGCUACGGCACGGUCCUCCAGCUGGUCAUCCAGUCGGCCUGGAUCAGCUCGUGCAUCCCAGGCAACCUCUUCAACGCCCUCGUGGUGGACAAAACCGGGAGAAAGAGACUACUAUUAUUCGGAUUGACGGGUGACUUGAUUGCCCUGAUCGGCGAAUGCAUCGCCGUCUCGAUCUUCCAGAGGACCGGGUCCCGCGCGAUCGCCUCCCUCGCCGUCUUCUUCCUCUUCCUCCACAUCGCCCUCUACUCGGUGUCGCUGGACGCGACGUCGUACAUCUACUCGGCGGAGAUCUUCCCCACGCCGCUGCGCGCGCGAGGCGUCGGCAUCUCCAUCACGGGCCUGUUCGUGUCCACGAUCGUCUACCUCCAGGCGGCACCCGUCGCGUUCGCCAACAUCGGGUGGAAGUACUACCUGGUCUUUGUCUGCGUGACGGCCUCGAUGAUCCCCGUGGUGUGGUUUUAUUUCCCUGAAACGAAGGGCCGAUCUCUCGAGGACAUUGGCGAGGUGUUUGGCGACAACAUCGCGCUGGAAGAUGAGCGCGAAGAAGAGAUCCACAGGCGCUUCAAGCUGUCGCAGUACAAGGAAAGUGUCCUGACCGACGAAAAGGGGGUCGCGGCAGUCCACGUGGAAGAGGAGUGA